CUUAAUAAUUGUUAUAAAUAAAUGUUGCGACACACUGAGAGAGAGAGUCAAAACGGCUUCAAGUGUAGAAACUGAGAAUGGACGAAAAUAAACCAACACCGUCCAUUGAAAAUGACGUAACCACCGCUGACAGCCGGAGAGUUGGAACCCGCCACCCUGUCUACCGCGGUGUCCGGAAACGGCGAUGGGGAAGAUGGGUAUCCGAGAUUCGGGAACCCAAGAAGAAAUCUCGUAUAUGGCUUGGAUCAUUCCCGGUACCGGAGAUGGCCGCAAAAGCGUACGACGUCGCAGUAUAUUGCCUCAAAGGCCGAAAAGCGCAACUCAAUUUUCCCAACGAGGUGGAAAACCUACCACUUCCGGCCACUUCUACGGCAAGAGACAUUCAAGCGGCGGCGGCCAAGGCGGCGAGUAUGAUGAAAUCUUCACUUGACGAGAAGAGUUGCAUUGUGUCAGAUGGAGAUAGCGGCGGAGAUGAUUUUUGGGGUGAGAUUGAGUUACCGGAGCUGAUGGAAAAUGAGUGUUGCUGGAAUUCUCCGAGUGACAUGACGGUGUGGACGGAGGUUGAGGUUUUGGCGCAGCAACCUUUGAUGUCGUGUUCUUUUAAUAACUAAUGCUACUUGGUAUGGUUGGUAUGUCUCUUGCAUGUCAUUGUAAUUUGUAUGUUUUCUAUAUGCAAUAAUUUCAUGGUAUCAUUAGUACUUAUAUUUUUAUUAAUCAAGUCAAGAGAUUGGAGUAUUACUUUAAAAAAUAUAUAUAUUUCAUCUGAAUUUAAAUUUGAA